AUGGCAUCCAAGUCAAGCCUUUUCCCCAGUGGAUGGGAAUGGAGAUUCGUCCUCACUGGAACUUGUUUUUUUGCUGCAGGAGUCCUGGCCCGAAGCAUCGUCAGCAAAUCCAAAGCUUACAUCCAACGCUCUCCACGGGCGACACUCCUGCCAACCUUGUCCGAAAGUGAGAAGGCCCAGCUUCCAUAUCCUCCAGAUGUGUUACCUGGGGUGAGAGAUGUCGAUACACCCUUUGGGUCGAUACGGGUGUACGAGUUUGGUCCAGAAGACGGUCGAAAGGUGUUGUUGGUGCACGGGAUCAGUACGCCGGCAAUUGCAUUGGGCGCCGUCGCCCACGCUCUGGCGGACAAUGGGUGUCGUGUGAUGCUUUUCGACCUGUUUGGACGAGGCUACUCCGACAAUCCUGGGGAUCUGAAACAUGACAUUAGACUUUUCACCACCCAAAUCCUGCUGGCACUGGCUUCGUCCCCUUUGUCAUGGACAGGAUCAAGCUCGGGGAAAUUUUCUAUGAUCGGCUACUCUUUGGGAGGUGGGAUUGCUGCGACUUUCGCCUCUUACUUUCCGAACCUGGUGGACUCUCUGAUUCUCUUUGCUCCCGCGGGACUCUUGCGGCCUCAUCACAUCAGCAAAACCAGCCACAUUAUAUAUUCGGAGGGAAUCAUCCCUGAGUCGAUACUCCAGACCCUGGUCCAAAGACGCCUUCGCACUCCGAUGGCCGCUCCAUUGAAAGGAGCGGAGAAGAAUAAGAUAGUGGACGCCACUGAAGCCGUGCAGGCCGAAGUCAACCUGGAAUCCAAUCCGCCCGCUGUUUUGUCCAAAACACGACCACACGUGACGGUCGAAAAGACGGUGAUCGACCAGCUGGACAACCAUGUCGGAUUUGUGCCUGCAUUCAUGUCCAGUAUUCGAUACGGCCCUGUACGAGAUCAACACGAUCGAUGGCGCAUAAUUGGGAACCGAUUGACGCGGGAAAACAACGAGAAAAACACUCAGAAGAAGGUUCUUAUUGUCUGCGGCGCGAAUGAUCCUAUCAUCGUCAGGCAAGAGAUUGAAGAGGAUGCGAAAGAGGUCCUUUUGGGGAAUGCCGAGUUUGUGGUCUUCGAAGCCGGGCACGAAGUACCCAUCAGCAAGAGCGAACAAGUGGUUGCAAGUAUCAUGGAUUUUUGGAAACGAACGGACUGA